AUGGAUUUAAAAAUCUCAUAUAAAGGUGUAUCAUUAAAUCCUAUCUAUGCGGGAAGCAGUGCUGUUGCCACUGUCUCAGAAAAUGGUAGAAUACUAGCUACUCCAGUGCUUGAUGAAAUCAACAUAAUUGAUCUAACACCAGGUUCAAGAAAGAUUUUACACAAGAUCUCUAACGAAGAUGAGCAGGAAAUAACCGCGUUGAAACUAACUCCCGAUGGACAAUAUCUCACAUACGUUUCGCAAGCCCAACUUUUAAAGAUCUUUCAACUAAAGACCGGAAAAGUUGUCAGAUCAAUGAAGAUUUCCUCCCCAUCAUACAUUCUUGACGCAGAUUCAACUUCGACUCUUCUGGCAGUCGGCGGAACAGAUGGUAGUAUAAUUGUUGUGGAUAUCGAAAAUGGUUACAUUACUCAUUCGUUCAAAGGUCAUGGUGGUACGAUUUCCAGCUUGAAAUUUUAUGGACAAUUGAAUAGUAAAACAUGGUUAUUAGCGUCCGGUGACACGAAUGGUAUGGUAAAAGUAUGGGAUCUUGUUAAAAGGAAAUGCUUACACACAUUACAAGAGCACUCUUCUGCCGUGAGAGGGUUGGAUAUAAUCGAGGUACCAGAUAGCGAUGGACCAAGCCUGCAAUUACUUUCCGGUGGUAGAGAUGAUAUUAUUAAUCUCUGGGAUUUUGAUAUGAAGAAGAAAUAUAAAUUGGCGAAAACCCUUCCAGUAAACCAACAGGUAGAGUCAUGCGGAUUCUUGAAGAACCGUGACGGUAAACGCAUAAUUUAUACAGCCGGUGGUGAUGCAAUCUUUCAAUUAAUUGACUCUGAAUCCGGUACUGUGCUCAAAAGGACCAACAAACCUAUAGAAGAGUUAUUCAUUAUUGGUGUUCUUCCAAUAAUGAACAAUUCACAGAUGUUCUUGGUAAUGUCUGAUCAAACUUUGCAACUAAUUAACGUUGAAGAAGAUUUGGAGAAUGAUGACGGCAUAAUACAGGUCACUUCGAGCAUUGCUGGUAACCAUGGUAUCAUUGCUGACAUGAGAUAUGUUGGCCCAGAGCUAAACAAAUUGGCAUUGGCCACCAAUUCUCCAUCGCUAAGAAUAAUACCCAUCCCCGAUUUAACAGAGGCCGAGGCUUCGCUGCCUUUGGAUGUUGAAAUUUAUGAAGGUCAUGAAGAUUUGCUAAACUCAUUAGACGCUACUGAAGAUGGGCUAUGGAUUGCAACCGCCUCUAAAGAUAAUACGGCUAUUGUUUGGAGAUAUAAUGAAAACAGCAGUAAGUUUGACAUUUAUGCUAAGUAUAUUGGACAUUCAGGCGCAGUAACAGCAGUUGGAUUGCCAAAUAUAAUGCCAAAGGGAUAUCCUGAAUUUUUAUUGACAGCAUCAAAUGAUUUAACCAUUAAAAAAUGGGUAAUUCCAAAGCCAACUGUUACUAAGAGUGUUCAAAUUAUCAAGGUAUCCGAAUAUACUCGUCAUGCUCAUGAAAAAGACAUCAAUGCUUUGUCAGUCUCUCCCAACGAUUCUAUUUUUGCAACAGCGUCAUAUGAUAAAACUUGUAAGAUCUGGAACCUCGAAAAUGGUGAAUUGGAAGCCACGUUGGCCAACCACAAGCGUGGACUAUGGGAUGUGUCGUUUUGCCAAUAUGACAAAUUAUUGGCAACAUCUUCAGGUGAUAAGACCGUCAAAAUAUGGUCAUUGGAUACUUUCAGCGUUAUGAAGACGUUGGAAGGUCAUACCAACGCGGUUCAAAGAUGUUCCUUUAUUAAUAAGCAAAAACAAUUGAUAAGUUGCGGUGCAGAUGGCCUGAUCAAAAUAUGGGAUUGCUCUAGCGGUGAAUGUCUGAAGACUUUGGAUGGUCAUAAUAAUAGGCUGUGGGCUUUAAGUACAAUGAAUGAUGGUGAUAUGAUCGUGAGCGCUGAUGCAGAUGGUGUUUUUCAGUUUUGGAAAGAUUGUACCGAACAAGAAAAAGAACAAGAACAAGAAAAGGCUAAGUUACAGGUCGAACAAGAACAAUCGCUUCAAAAUUAUAUGAGCCAAGGUGAUUGGACAAAUGCAUUUUUAUUAGCAAUGACUUUAGAUCACCCAAUGAGGUUAUUUAAUGUUUUAAAGAGAGCUCUGGGUGAGUCAAGAUCUAGGCAAGAUAUCGAAGAAGGCAAGAGUGGAGUCAUUUUCAAUGAAGAAUUGGAUGAAGCCAUUUCUACUCUAAAUGACGAACAAUUAACGUUGUUAAUGAAAAGAUGCAGAGAUUGGAAUACAAAUGCCAAAACACACACUAUAGCGCAAAGAACUAUAAGAUGCAUUUUGAUGCAUCAUAACAUAGCAAAAUUAAGUGAAAUACCGGGGAUGGUAAAGAUAGUCGAUGCGAUAAUUCCAUACACACAAAGACAUUUCACAAGGGUGGAUAAUUUAGUUGAACAAAGUUACAUAUUAGAUUACGCAUUGGUGGAGAUGGACAAGCUUUUUUAG